UAUCGAGUUGGCAACGUUGCCGUAUGAACUUUUUUAAUGUCUGAGGAAUUGUCUUGAAAAGUUAUUUUGUUGACAUUAAAUUAUCAUAAAUGGCCGGUUGUUUCGAUAAUAUUAAUAUAAAUAGACCGGAAUGGUUAGAUUUCAGCGAAAAGAGAAAUGCAAUCGCAUCCAUAAUUGCGGGAGCGAUGUUUUUCAGUGGUUGGUGGAUAAUUUUAGACACAGCUGCAUGUUAUCCUGAUACAAAAGAUUUUGAUCAUGCAUAUCAUGUCUGUGGAGUCACGGGAACAAUUGCAUUAUUCAUGAUAAAUGCUGUAUCCAAUGGCCAGGUUCGAGGUGAUGCUUAUACAACAGGAUGCUUGGGGCAAAGAGGAGCUCGAGUUUGGUUAUUAAUUGGAUUUGUUUUUGGAUUUUGUUCAUUGAUUGCUUCUUGUUGGAUCCUCUUUGGAUCUUAUGUAUUUGCUGAUGUACCAAAUCAAUGGCCCGGUGUUGCAGUUUUCUUACAGAAUGCCCUUAUAUUUUUUGGGACUUUGGUAUUUAAGUUUGGAAGAACAGAAGAUCUUUGGGGAUGAAUUGCCAAUGGUUCCCCAUUCCAUCAUGUACCUAAAGUGAGCAUUUUCAAACCAUCCUUAAAAACAACAAAAAAAUGCUUACUAAUUGUAUUUUAAUAUUAUGUUUUAUAAUUAAAACGUCAUGUUCAGUAAUCGGUGUUAAAUAUAAUUUAUGUUGGUUGUUUUAAGUGUAUAGAAACAAGUAAUUCGCAAAAAGUUUUUCCAGAAAACAUCCAGCUUUAGAUCUGGAAUUACUUGUUUUAACAAAAAUUUUACAUAAUAACAUUAUAAAAAAGAUAAUUGCAAAGUAUUUAUGAUAAAAUUUAUUUAAUCCUUGUGAUAUAUUGU